UCUCACUGUGGCCACGAAUCAAUAAAGUUCAAGUAAAUAUUGCUAAGUAUCAAAUGCUAAUGCAUGUACGUGCAUUCAUUUGAAACCAAUUGACUUCUUUCUUUUGUUUCUAAAAUAUUUUUAGUUGGCUACCUUCAUUUGAAACCAAAUUCUGUUAAGGGAAGGACAGAAUGGAAGACAAUAUUAUGAAUUUAGUUGUAGUUGGAGUCAUUUCAUGGUCAACAAUAUUUCUGUUGACAAGGAGGGUCUUCUCUAAGCUUUCAUUUGAAUUCAGCAACCGAGUUGUUUCAACAAUUCAUGCAACUUUAGCUGUAAUAUUAGCCUCUCUCUCUGUUCAAGAUUGGAGGUGCCCAGUUUGUCCCUUGGCUUCAAAAUCUUCUCCAAAGCAGAUGCAAACUCUAGCAGUGACCCUUUCUUAUAUGAUCUAUGAUUUGGUAUGUUCCCUCUUUAACAAAAAAUUCAAACUUGACAAUUCAAUCCACCAUCUGGUCAGCAUUGUUGGAAUGGGAGCCGGCCUAGCCUAUAACAAGUCUGGAUCAGAGUUGGUGGCUGCAUUAUGGGUAUCUGAAAUCUCCAGUCCUUUCCUCCACCUGAGAGAACUUCUCAAAGAGCUUGGUUACAAAGACACGGACCUUAAUUUGGUGGCCGAUAUUCUGUUUGCAGCGAUAUUUACAUUCGCCAGGAUGGGUUGUGGGUCUUAUAUCACUUACUUGACUGUGGCUGCUAACAAUCCAUUUGUCAUAAAGGCAAUGGCAUUGAGCUUGCUUCUGGUUAGUGCCUUCUGGUUCUACAAAAUCGCUGCAAUGGUGAACUACAAAUUGAUGAAGAGGACUAGUAAAAAUGUCGCCUAAAAGCUAUUUGAACCCAAAAAUUUAAAAGAGCUACAGCAUAACAUUGUGAGCAUCAUGAAGUUAAGAGUCCUCUCUAUGGUUGUACUAGUCAGCCAACUGUAUUGCACAAAUCAUUUAUGUGGAUAAUCUUUUGUGUUUUGAAUAGAUAAUAUAAUUUCAUCCCA